AAAUCCCCGAAAUAGCUAUUUUUGUUUCAAGAAGCUUCAGAGAGUAAACACUCUUCAUAUGAUUUUAUCACGAGUUUUCUACCUGAAGCGUUGGAAACCGAUUGCCAGAGCUUUCAUUUUAAAGUUUUUAAAGUCUAAUUUUCGAGUUCGCCUUUUCAGUUGGACUGGAGGCAGAAAUUUUGAAAUUCUAAUCGAGACUCAGCAACAUUUGUGCAUCGGAGAAAGAAUCCCGAUAAAAUCUUUCUACACAAAUAAUACCACUCGUUGCCAUACCAUACACCACAAAUCACGAUGCAGCAGUCACCAACCGUUCGCAAUUCAAUUUGCAAAGUUUGCAAUAUGGAGUUUAACGGUCCAGAACCUUACAAACAACAUAUGGCUAGUGCUCGACAUCAUAGAAAUACAUCAGCUGUUUCUAAAAAUGCUGAGCUUGGUGCAAAACCAAAAGUUGGAGAGCAAUUAAAUAAUGUUUUCAAGUGCAAUACUUGUGAUAAAACAUUCAACGGACCUCUUCCUUAUAACGAGCAUUUGAGGAGUAAAGCUCAUAAGAGAACAGAGCACGCAAUAAAAGUGAUGAAUGUAAAAGUUAAAAAUACUGAUAUAGUUGAACAUUUUGGACAGUACUUCUGCGAUAUAUGCAAUAUCUAUUGCAAUGGUGCUGUACCUUAUGAGCAGCACCAAAAUAGUAAGGCUCAUCGAAAUAAGCUCACUCAGAGAGAAGCCAAAUACUGAAAAAACAAUAAUUAUUCAUACUGGUGGAACAUAGAAACCAAUAAGGAUAGAAAUUGUAACUACUUCCUUAAAAUUACCUAGAAUAAGAGUUCUAUAUAUCUUAAGAAGUUGUUUCAAAACUGUUCCAAUUAGAUUGACGAAAAAGGCGCAGUAUUUUUAUGAAAUAAGAAGUAAUAAUAAACUAUUACCACCAAUUUUUAAUGAUAAAUAAAAUCUGAAUAAUAAAUAGCUUUGAUCUCCCUAAACGUUUUUAGAAGUGCGGACCGUCCUAUCAUUCCUUUGACCCCUAUAAAUGCUCCCUCUUUGCCCUUUCUUAUAAAAAUAUGCUCUUCCAUCCCUUAAAAAUACUUUUUUUUAAAAUUCAUAUUCCAUUUUUAAGAAAAAUUAAUUAACUGCUAAAAAUAAGAAUUAUACGCAAAAAUUAUCUGU